AUGCGCCGCUUCUCCACGCGAACCUUGCUUCGAGCAAAGCCACCGCUUCUCUCUGCCAGAUCUCCCCACCCCCUCAUCUCUAUCUCCGCUCGCUCAUCUCCGACUCCAAGAUCGAUCGCUCGUUUGAGUCCACGUUCUCUCCUUCACCAGAAUUCGAAGCGAUACUGCUCCUACCGCAGAAUGUGCCACGCCCGACGUGAAGAGCUCUCAGGCUCGACCAACGUUCAAGGUCGUGAGGUCUUACCCACCAACGUGAAGCCGGUUCAUUAUGAUUUGACUCUCGAGCCUAACUUUGAGAAAUUCACCUAUGAUGGAACUGUUGUGAUUGAUCUCCAAGUCAAGGAAGACACCGAUUUCAUCUCCCUCAACUCCAACCAAAUCGAUAUUCACAGCGCAACCGUACUGUCCAAGGACACAGUGGUAGAAUCUAAGCCUGAAAUAUCUAUCAAUGAGGAAACUCAGGUUGCAACUGUCAGCUUCAAGCAGACUCUUGUAGCGGGGUCAGAUGCUCAACUGAAGCUGACCUUCACCGGUAUUUUGAACGAUAACAUGGCUGGCUUCUACCGUUCCUCUUACAAGACCAAUGGCGAGACCAAGUACAUUGCAUCGACUCAGAUGGAGCCUACCGAUGCUCGUCGGGCAUUCCCUUGCUUUGACGAGCCCGCCCUAAAGGCCAAGUUCACCGUCACUCUCGUUGCCGACAAGAGCAUGACCUGCCUGAGCAACAUGGACGUCGCUUCCGAGACUGAUGUUCAAGGCGGAGCUAAGAAGGCUGUCAAGUUCAACACAUCCCCGCUCAUGUCAACCUACCUGAUUGCCUUUAUCGUCGGUCACCUCAACCACAUCGAGACCAAGAAUUUCCGCGUGCCCAUCCGUGUCUAUGCUACACCAGACCAAGAUAUUGAGCACGGCCGUUUCUCCCUUGAAUUGGCUGCCAAGACCUUGGCUUUCUAUGAAAAGGCCUUUGACAGCGACUUUCCGCUGCCGAAGAUGGAUAUGGUGGCCGUGCCCGAUUUUAGCGCCGGAGCCAUGGAGAACUGGGGCCUGAUUACCUACCGCAUUGUCGAUGUGCUGUUAGACGAGAAGACCAGCGGUGCUUCGCGCAAGGAACGUAUUGCCGAGACUGUACAACACGAGUUGGCUCACCAGUGGUUCGGUAACCUGGUGACCAUGGACUUCUGGGACGGCCUGUGGCUCAACGAGGGUUUCGCGACUUGGAUGUCCUGGUACUCUUGCAAUGUCUUCUACCCGGAGUGGAAGGUGUGGCAGACCUAUGUCAUCGACAACCUUCAGAGCGCUUUGUCGCUUGAUUCGCUCCGUAGCAGUCACCCGAUCGAGGUCCCCGUGAAGCGUGCCGAUGAGAUCAACCAGAUCUUCGAUGCCAUCUCCUACUCUAAGGGCUCAUCUGUUCUGCGUAUGAUUUCAAAGUACCUGGGAGAAGAUGUGUUCCUGCAGGGUGUUCGCAACUACAUUAAGAAGCACGCCUACGGAAACACCGAGACCGGUGACCUGUGGUCUGCUCUCGCUGAUGCCAGCGGUAAGCCUGUUCAGUCGGUCAUGGAUAUCUGGACGAAGAACAUCGGUUUCCCCGUCGUCAGUGUGACUGAGAAUGCGGCGUCAUCCUCAAUCAGCUUGAAGCAGAACCGCUUCUUGCGUACCGGCGAUGUCCGUCCCGAGGAGGAUCAGGUUCUCUACCCCUGCACUCUAGCUUUGCGCACCAAGAAUGGCGUUGAUGAGAACACCAUGCUGACAGACCGCGAGCACGAGUUCAAGGUUCCUGACCUUGACUUCUUCAAGCUCAACGCUGAUCACUCCGGUAUUUACCGUACCAACUACACCCCGGAGCGCUUGACCAAGCUGGGCAAGGCUGCCCGUGACGGCCUGCUCACUGUUGAGGACCGUGCUGGUAUGAUCGCGGAUUCGGGUGCCCUGGCCGCUUCAGGCUACCAGAAGACCUCAGGCCUGCUGUCACUUCUCCAAAGCUUCGACACCGAGUCAGAGUUUGUUGUAUGGAACGAGAUUCUCGCCCGCAUCGGAACCCUGCGCGGCGCUUGGAUCUUCGAAGACAGCAAGACCCAGGCUUCCCUCAAGGCCUUCCAGCGCUCGCUAGUCUCAGCCAAGGCCCACGAGCUUGGCUGGGAGUUCUCCGACAAGGACGACCACGUCCUGCAGCAGUUCAAGGCCCUGAUGUUCGGCUCGGCCGGUAUGGCCGAGGACCCCGUCGUCCUCAAGGCCGCACAGGACAUGUUUGCCAAAUUCGCUGCAGGCGACCACUCCGCCAUCCACCCCAACAUCCGCGGCAGCGUCUUCACCCUUGUUCUGAAGCACGGCGGUGCUAAGGAGUACGAUAUCAUCCUAGACCGCUUCCGCCACGGCUCCACUUCCGACGAGAAGCUCACCGCGCUCCGCUGUCUUGGUACCGCCGAAGACCCGGCUCUCAUCAAGCGCACCCUUGACUUGGCUAUGGGUGAUGAGGUCAAGAACCAGGAUAUAUACAUGCCCCUCGGCGGUCUUCGCAACCACGCUGCAGGCAUCGAGGCCCGCUGGACCUGGCUGAAGACAAACUGGGACACCGUCUUCGAGCGUCUCCCUCCGUCCCUCGGCAUGCUGGGCACAGUCGUCCAGCUCUCCACUGCAGCCUUCUGCACUGAGGCCCAGCUGAAGGAUGUACAAGACUUCUUCGCCGCAAAGGAUACAAAGGGCUUCGACCGUGCCGUUGAGCAGAGCCUCGACGCCAUCCGUGCUAAGGUCAAUUGGCUGAAGCGUGAUCGUGAGGAUGUCGAGACCUGGCUUGGUCAGAACCAGAGCAAGCUAUGA